AGAAGUCAGCAUAAUAAGAGGACGGUUCAGUACUGUGUGCAUUACUUCUUAAAAAUCUGCUGAAGACGUAACGUUUGUUUCAGCUGUCAAAUCUGCACAACCAUGACUUAUCAAGGUGAUCAGCAACAGCAGAGACUGUGCCUUAGUCCCAGGAGCACAGGUUUAAACUCAGAUGAUGAAAUCCGCAUCAUUCUGAUUGGAAAAACAGGCAAUGGGAAGAGUGCAUCAGGAAACACACUCCUGCAAAGAGAAGCCUUCAUAUCACGGUGUGCUCCACGUUCUGUCACAUCAGAGUGUGAAAAAGCUAAAGGAAUGGUGAAUGGACGCAGAAUUGCAGUGAUUGACACACCUGGAAUUUAUGACACCAAGUACAAAGAGUAUGAGGUGGUGACAGAGCUGAAGAAGUGCAUCUCCCUCUCCUCCCCCGGGCCCCAUGCAUUCCUGAUUGUCAUAAAGUUGGACAGAUUCACAGAGGAGGAGCAGAAAACAGUGGAACUGCUGCAGAAGGUGUUUGGUGACAAAGCAGCAGAUUACUCCAUGGUUCUCUUCACUAACGGUGAUCAGCUUCAAAACACAACCAUUGAAGAAUUUACAAGUCAAUGUCCAAAACUUACGCACCUCAUUGCCAGCUGUAACGGCCGGUAUCAUGUCUUCAAUAACAGAGAUAACAAUAUCAGGCAGGUGUCUCAGCUGGUUAAUAAGAUAGAAAGGAUGGUUAUUACCAAUGGUGGAGGAUAUUAUACCAAUGAAAUGUUUCGGGAGGCUGAGAGAGCAAUCGAAGAACAAAAAGAGAAGAUUCUGAAGGCCAGUGAAGAGCAAAAACGCAGGGAAGAAGAAAUCCUGAGAGCGAAACUUAAAGGAGAUGAGCUGGACGCCAAACUCAAGUGGCUAGAUGAAGAAUAUGAAAGAAAAGCAAGAGAAAAGGCUGAGAAGAAAAACAAAUUCAUCUACCCUGGUAUGAUUCUAACAAGUGCAGAGGUUGGUUUGGCAAUCGGGGUGGCUGCAGGUACUGCUGGAGGUCCACUCUUCAUGGGGAUCGGAGCAGUGGUGGGUGGACUGGUUGGAGCAGCAGCAGGACUUAUCGGACCAGCAGCAGUGGUGGCUCUCAAAAGCAAAUGCACUACACAGUAAAACAGAAAGGACACACACUACGGUGACUGUGGAAACGUUAAGGAAAAUAUUAUAUCGGUGUAGUCCUCGUAUGUCUCACAAAGUAGAAGAAAAAAAUGCACUUCCCCUCAAGACAGAUGUUUUGUCUGACAUGACAUAUUUUCUACUGAACAUGUUGGCACCGAACACUGACUAACCUGUAAGUGCGGAUUGGUGACAUGCUAAGCUCAUUUUUCAGAACAUGUCAGUAGUCAAUGAAAGCAGCUGCUGGAAAAUAUUGUAACUCCACUGAACAGCAGGUUUGGACUAAACAAACAACAGAUCAACGUUCUCAUGUUUUACGUCAUUAACCUGUGAUGAGAUGAGAAAAAACAAACAGAUCUUCCUCAUACUUCCCCAUAAAGAGGAUUUAUAUGAGCAGUUUGUUCCAAUCAUUGACCAAGUAUAGCAUAGUAUAAGUAUACAGUAUAUCAUAGUAUAUUAUAGUAUAGUAAUGAUAGUAUGGUAUGGUAUAGUAUAAGUAUUGAGUAUAGUUUGGUAUGGUAUAAUGUGUUUUUUUAAGGAAAAGUUGUAAUCUAUUGUUUUUUAGUUAGGUUUCAAAGGGCAUUUCAAAAACAUGAAACACCCUAUUGUUUUUUUCUUUUUCUUUUUUUUUUUUAAUGAAGUUGAUGUUGUGGAAAUAUAGCAACAUGCAUGUUAAAAAUGUAUGCAAAAACAAUCUAUGCACU